GAUCCAUCCGUCUGUCUCGCCCACAGUUGCAGCGCAUUUGUGUCCCGGGAUGACCUGUUGAUGUCGGCUAAAGAUGGAGUACCAGUAUCGCCCUCCGCUGUAGACCCCACUCUCCUCUCCGGUUGGAAAAAUAACACACAAAUGUCCACGUCGGAGUUCGGCCAAGUGAACGCAGCCUGUGUGGCUCCGUGGGUCCCAUUUUUGGUGGAGAUUAAAUAAAUAAUUUAAUCGCUGUGAUAUAUCAUAAGCGACAUUUUGGAGGGGAACAACGCGUGUCUGUCCCGUAUCGGUAGCUGCCAUUCGGCCGGAGGAGGAGGAGGGAACUCGGUCUAAACGGACAUCACACCGCGCUGGCACGGAAAGAGGGGAGACAGGGAGAGCGCUAAACUGCUGAAUAUUUUAUCCCCUCGACUAUUUUUGUGGCACAUUUCGUGCCCCCAGUUCCUCGGACGAUAAACGUGUGCGUGUCGGGAGGGAGUUGAAACCGGGGCUGGCACACAAGAUACAGAAGAAGAGCUCUCUUUUUGUCCCUUUUCCGCUGCCGCCCCCUCCCUCCCUCCCUCUGAACGCACGCACACACCGGCCCGGGCCAGCCGAGGACUCCCAAAUCCUACCGGGCAUCGAGGCUGGCACACGGCGGGGCACCGAGAGCUCUCUGCCCGCUCUGACUGCCCUGCUGCCCCGCUGGUGGCGGGCUCUCUCCCUCCCGAGGCGUCUACCGGCGAGACAUCGGCUCUGCUAGUCUUUCAUACCCUGUGGUGCUGGGCAGAGCGUUAUGGCUCAGACGCUGCAGAUGGCGAUCCCUAACUUUGGCAACAACAUCCUGGAGUGUCUGAACGAACAGCGGCUGCAGGGCCUCUACUGUGAUGUCUCCGUGGUCGUCAAGGGACAUGCCUUCAAGGCCCACCGUGCGGUGCUGGCAGCCAGCAGCUCCUACUUCCGGGAUCUGUUCAAUGCCGGAGGGAAGAGCUCGGUGGUGGAGCUGCCCCCGGCCGUGCAGCCGCAGAGCUUCCAGCAGAUCCUGGCCUUCUGCUACACAGGACGCCUCAGCAUGAACGUUGGAGACCAGUUCCUCCUCAUGUACACCGCUGGCUUCCUCCAGAUCCAACAGAUCAUGGAGAAAGGCACAGAGUUUUUCCUCAAGGUCUCAUCUCCAAGCUGUGACUCCCAGGGUCUCCAUACUGAGGAGACCCCGCCCUCCGAGCCUCAGAGCCCCGUCACUCAAACAAUGGGAGGUGGGGGAGUUGGCGUCGUUGCCCCAGCCGCGGGGAGGCCCGCCUCUUGCCUGACGCCCCUCCCACUGGUGUCCAAGGUGAAGACAGAACAGACGGCCUCCACACCUCAGCCCACCCCACAGCCACAGCAGCAGGAGGUCUCUCCCUACUCGGUGGUCUGCACCCCCGUGGCCAAGCGGCUGUGGGAAGGGGGCAACCGUGACAGCGGAGGUGGGUCCGGAGGGGGUGGGGGUGGUGGGAUGAGGAAGGCCGCACGCUACUCUUCCUCCUCCUCUUCGUCCUCUUCCUCCAACAACGCCACCCAGGAUGCCUCUGGGCGCGGACCUGCAGCCAAUGCUGCCAUGGUGGGCGGUGGCAGCGGUGCCAGCGUUCCCACUUCAAUGGGAGGAGCUGGACUCAACAGUAACCACAACAACAACAACAACAACAACGGCGGCACCCCCGAAGGCACCAGCCCGGGCACACUGAGCAUGUACACCAGCGACUCCCCAAUCAGUUACCACGACGACGAGGAAGAGGACGACGUGGCGGACGAGAGCGCCGAAGAGCAGUACAGACAGAUCUGCAACAUGUACACCAUGUACAGCAUGCUGAACGCUGGAGCGGCAGUGGUCGGGGAGCGGGUGGAGGCUCUUCCUGACUUGGCUCCAGACUCAGGCGGCGGGCGAGGGGGCAGGGGGGCGCGGUCCAGGCAGGACUUGGCGUCGCUGCCCGCCGAGCUCAUCAGCCAGAUCGGGAACCGCUGCCACCCGAAGAUGUACGAGGAGGGCGACCCGGCCGAGAAGCUGGAGCUGGUGAGCGGCACCUCCGUGUACAUCUCCCGCGCCCAGCUCAUGAACUGCCACGUCAGUGCCGGCACCCGCCACAAAGUGCUGCUCAGACGCCUGCUGGCCGCGUUUUUCGACAGGAGCACUCUGGCUAACAGCUGUGGAACUGGCAUCCGCUCUUCAACCAACGACCCCAGUCGUAAACCCCUGGACAACAGAGUGCUGCAUGCUGUCAAAUUUUACUGCCAGAACUUUGCGCCGAGCUUCAAGGAGAGUGAGAUGAACGCCAUCGCAGCCGACAUGUGUACCAACGCGCGCCGCGUCGUCCGCAAGAGCUGGAUCCCCAAGCUCAAACUGCUGAUGGCCGACAGCGACGCCUACUCCGCCUUCCUGGCCGACAGCGUGAAGAUGGAGGCCGACGCGCUGGGGGCGGAGCAAGGCUUCGACCCCGCCUCCCUGGAAGCGGUGGCGGCGGCAGCGGCCGCGGCCGCCAACCACAAUGAAGCGGGAGGUGGAGCCACGCAACCAGAUGCCCUCCAGGGGGCGGGAGGAGAUGGCAGCACUUUGUUUUGAGUGAGUGAAUGGACAGAUAGAUGAGUGGACAGAUGGACAGAUUUGAUGGAGGGAGGGAUGGCAUUUCUCUGGGGGCGAUGAGUAGAGAACGGUGGCCGCUUUGGUCGUGAUGACAGUUGUCACUCCUCCCCUCGCCGCCGUGUGUUUGGGGGGUCUCUUUCUUCUUUUACACCUCUUCUGGUCAGUUUGUUCUGCUUUCCCUCCUUCGUUUGUCCACGUUUCUGUCUCUCUCGACGGCCCAGAAUGCCUCACUUUGGGUUGUUCCUCCUUCCUUUUCUGGUGGAGAGAGAUGGAAAGAUGGAGAGAAAGGUAGCAGAGGGAGGAGGUCAUACCCCCCCACACACACCUCCUCACUCCUCUGCAACCUUUCAGAACCUGAUUGUUUCAGCCUUUAUUUUUUAUGUUUUCUAAAGUGUGUACUGUCACUAAGGCCCGUUUCUUACCAUAAUCAAUCACAGACAUUCCCUGGGGUUGGGGGGGUGGGGGGGGGUAAUCCUGUUUGGAGAACGUGAUAUUUCCUUCCCCAAACUCCGGUAACACUGUUGUUUUUGAUAUUGAAUGUAUGCGUGGCGAAGCAUCCGAACCGCAGCGCUGUAAGUCAGUGGAGGUCGAGUGAGUUUGUACAGAGCCCUUUUUUUUUUUUCUUUUUUUUUUAUUUGUCUGUUUUUGCUUUAUUUCAUCUGGACGCCAGAUGAAAGCUUCUCGGAGAGCGUGGGAUUGAUGAGGUCAGGGGUUGAAAUGAAUAUUAAUAUGUAUAUUGGCAUGGUUUAUGAUCUCCCCGACCUCCGCCCGACCCCACAAACCCUGCUCUUCAACCCCAGCCGAGCAUGCUGGGAAACUGACCUGCCCGCCUUUUAGAGAGCUGCUGGGGAGUUCUGACUGACAGUGUGGCGGGAGACGGGAAAAAACUAAUAUUUGAUUGACUAAAAAACCUUUUCGCCUGAACUUCCCCUUGUUUUUUGACCCGUAGACUACAUCCACAAUAAUAUGCUUUUGUGUUAAAACACAUGACUGUUGCUACGUUUACACCUGGCGUCCACACUACUCUUUGGCUUCCCUAAAAUGGAGAGCUUUGAAAACACUGCUGACCCCGUUAACGUUUGAAAACCCUGGGGUUGGGUUGUAGUCUUGACAUGAGGAAACUGAGACUUUAAAAAGGAUUGGGUCUUAUCGGUCACAAGGUGUCAAUCCAAAAAUUUAUAGCUAAUUCUACAUACUUUUGUGAUUUCAUCCUUCAUGUGUGGGUAACGUUGCUCUUUUGCCGUUGCCAGGCAUCCUCCAGCGAUGGAUAAUGCUCCUGGUACCGCCAUAUUUGCAUCACAACACUUCCCAAUCUGUUUUCUACCGCCUUGACAGCCUUAUACUCACGUUAUUUUCAGUAAUGGUUGGUUGACACCUGGUUGUCGAUCCAAGCAAAGAAAUGGCUCGACAACCAGGUUGCCAUCUCCGUAUUAUUUACUGUAACUAAGCAACCAGCUGUACACAAUCUGCUUCCUGUUUACAUUGGCACACACUCGCCAAGUGUACGUAAAUAGUCCUGUGAUUUGCGUUUCCAGGCGUGAUAGUAUGAGCGGAGAUUAUUUCUAAAAUGGUGCUAAAACCCUCGUGAGUACAGAGAUCUUUUUCAUUUUAAAAAGCUGUUUUAAAUUAAAAACGUAUUAGUGUGGA